GUCUCGACUCUGUUGGGACGAUUUAGUCCCAUGAUGGUACAAAAGAUUUACAAAAUGGUGUCGCAUGUGAUGCAAUUCAUGCACCGAUGGACUCGUUCUUGGGUGGUCGAUGACAGCACUGUGUCGUACUGGUGCUGGGUGCACUGUGUUCCGUCGUUGCUGAUGGUUAGCGAAACGAAGCGUUCGGUGACAACGGUGGCGAGGACGAGGCCGCGCCAAGCAUCGGGCUCGAGGGACGGUAUUCGUAUAUCGUCGUCGUCGUUGUUGUUGCUGCUGUGUUCCCUUCCCCCCUCCGUCGCCGGCGGUCGUCGCUCCCCCAGCUGAUGGACCGUGCCCGGAACCGAUCCUUGCGCUCGCCCGCCGGCGGAGCCACGUCGUAGUAGUCGCUCUCUUCCAGGUGCAGGUUGAUCUUUUCGACAAUGAACUUGCCCUCCUUGUACUUUUGGCUGCUUUCGUAGGCCCUGGAAUACGUCCACCCGAUCAUGCUCUUGCACCUCUUGCAGAAAAUGUCGUUGACGCUGUGGAGGCCGGUGAUCAAGAGCCGAUCUUCCGCGGGGCCAAUUUUUACGUUUACGCAGUGGUCAAAGAGGUAGGCACGCCCUAGCGGAUUGCCAUUUUUGGGAGCAAAGCGAAAGAAACAUUGGACCAAUCAGGAAACAAAAACAAUAGGAUAACUAGUUGAGAAACAGGGAGGGGCAGGGGCAGGAGUUUGGUUUGGUUUUCUUUUCCUUUGCCUUGUUUUGCUUUGGCUGCCCUCCGUUUCCGGCAAGCAGCUGCGUCGCGGCGACACCCAAGGCAACGUACCGUGGCGUCCGUGAAAACUCUUCGAGAUGAUCUCGUCGUGGCUAGUGAGGUGGGUCCGGCACUGGGCGCACGUGUAGAUCUGGGGCCCGUCGAGGUAGACCAGCGAGUCGUUGAGCUUUCGCGCCGAGCGGGACUGCGUCCGCGCGAUCGAAUCCGCCAGGGACCGCCGCUCGGACAUCGGCGAGAGCGGAGGGGGCUGCGUGCCGGGGGUGGAGCCGCUGGCGUUGGCGUUGCCGUGUUCGCCUCCGUCGCUCCCGGACCUGCGGCGCCGAAGCAGCACCAGCGGGUUCGGGCGUGGGGCCGUGAGCACCGGAGGAGGGGGCUGCCCGAUCAACAGCGAGGGGUUCCCCCGGGACGAAAUCGAGGAGGACCCCGGGGACGGCGAAACCGCAGAGACCCGCCGGCCGCCCGAUGGUGGGCUUGCGUGGGAUACGGCAGCGGAAAUCGCGUGGGCAGACGCAGAGGAGGUCGACGCGUUGGCGCCGCUCGACAUGCUGGUUGCUGGCCUUCGUGCUGGUCGUUCGGUUCGUUUCGUUUUGGUUUGGUUUGGUUCGUUUGGUUUGUUUGUCCGGGGUGUUUAGUUAGUUGCGAGGGAGUGUGAAUGCGAUGGGCUGGGCAAGAGGGCUGUCCGUUUUGUGGUUCCUCUCUUCUUCCGGACAAACCGUAGCGAUCAACAGAGUCGGUCAGGAAGAAUACUGAUCAAAGAAAAAGAGAAGGAAUGAACAACAACAGUGACA